UGAUGGGAGUUCUGUUAUCCUUCCCAACUCUGAAGGGUGCAAUUAAGGUGCAAGCUGUAGGCAUGAGUAAUAUCCUGCCUUGAUAAGCUGUAUUCCGUGUAGACUUCAUUUUAAUUUACAGUAUAAAAGAGAUUGAAAUUUCAAAGCUGAAACUCAGUUGUACCGACUCAUCAGAACCAGAAGGCAUCUAUGGGGUGACUUUGAAUAACAUGUCAUGCUUUCUUUCCGAGGGUCUCAAACCCUAACUUUGCCUCACAGCAGCUUGGUGAGGUACAGAUGUUCUGGGGGUGAACUCUGAGCCCUUGCCAACGUGAGUGGCAACACCGCCUGCAAUUGGGACCUCUCGACUUGCAAGUAAAUUCUUCUCACCCAGCCCUUCCCCUCUCAAUGGUGGGGGAAGAGAUAUUUUUAGUCACUGGUGCAUGUGGCUGUUGGCUUGACACCGUCUGAAUUUCCUCUCCUGCAAGAUGAGCAACACCACACACACCAGCAUGUCCGCUUCCACUGAAGGUGAUGUAGGCGUGACCAGCAUGGCUGGUAGCACGCUGCAGACCAGGAUCGUCCUUCUGACAGACUCCAGCCAUCUCUCCCCUAAAGACAACUCCCCACUGAGGACCCUCCAGAACUACUCCCAAGAUGGCCAGCAAAUUUUCCUGACCACUUCAGCAGCGCAGGUGAUCUCCGGAAUCUUCGUGUGGUCGGCACUGAUUCUCACUAUCCACCAGAUCUACAUGCACCUGAGGAACUACACUAUUCCUAAUGAGCAGCGCUAUAUCAUCCGCAUCCUCUUCAUUGUGCCUAUCUACGCCUUUGACUCCUGGCUCAGCCUCCUCCUCAUUGGAAGUCACCAGUAUUAUGUGUACUUCAACUCUGUGCGUGACUGCUAUGAAGCAUUUGUAAUCUACAGCUUCCUGAGCCUUUGCUUUGAGUACCUUGGAGGGGAGAGCACCAUCAUGUCUGAGAUCCGGGGGAAGCCCAUCGCGUCCAGUUGCCUUUAUGGGACCUGCUGUCUGCAAGGAAUGUCCUAUUCCAUUGGGUUCCUCAGAUUCUGCAAGCAGGCGACGCUGCAGUUCUGCAUUGUGAAGCCCCUCAUGGCGAUCCUCACCAUUGUCCUGCAGGCAUUUGGGAAAUACCAUGAUGGUGACUUCAACAUUCACAGUGGAUACCUCUACAUCACCAUUAUCUACAACUUCUCUGUCAGCAUGGCCCUCUACGCGCUCUUCCUCUUCUACUUUGCCACCCUGGAGCUCCUGCGCCCUUUUGAGCCAGUACUCAAGUUCCUCACCAUCAAGGCCAUCGUCUUCCUCUCCUUCUGGCAAGGGAUGCUGCUGGCCAUCUUGGAGAAGUGUGGGGUGAUCCCUGAGGUCCAAAUCAUUGAUGGGAAGGAGGUGGGAGCUGGGACAGUAGCUGCCGGCUACCAGAACUUCAUAAUCUGCAUUGAGAUGCUAUUUGCCGCCAUUGCUCUGCGCUAUGCCUUUACCUGCCAGGUAUACAGAGAGAAGAAGGAAAACUCAACAGCAAACGUGGCCCCAAUGCAGAGCAUCUCUAGUGGGCUGAAGGAGACAAUGAGCCCACAGGACAUUGUCCAGGAUGCUAUCCACAACUUCUCCCCCACAUACCAGCAGUACACCCAGCAGUCCAUGCAGGAGGCGGAGACAAAAGCUCCUGGGCAGAUUGGGCACACAGCACCCAAAGCUGAUAGGCAAAAUAGCAAAAAAAGCAAAACCAUUGAGAAGAGAGUGCUGAUCCUCUCAGACGAUGACCUGUAGGUGAGAGCUGAGAGGACAGCGGCAUGGGCGAUGUUUAAAACCGCAUUGUCCCUGCAAUCUGACUGGAUCCAAAAGAAAGCAACAUAUCUGGACCAGAGAAGCCAAGACCAACUGUUGCUUGGAAGGAAAGAAGCAAGAACCAGAGAGGGGUGGGAUGCUGAACUGUGCUUGACUUCUGCUGUCCUGUCCCUGCUGAUGUUGGAGAUUUGGUUCUUCUCUAUUCCCAUUAGGCCCCUAUGGUGGGCCUUCAGUGGUUCGUGUCCACCAACCUGCCCCACUGCCAGUGUUCUGACGCAUGACUAGCAUCUGUAUCGGUGCUGUGGGAAUGAUGUGACAGGAAGCAACCAGGACUCCUGAGAGUUUCUACCAGUGCUGCAAGAUGGAGGCUGGAGUCCAGCUCGUCCUCUCACCGAUGAACAAAGGCGAGGAGGGGAAGAGAACUGCUUUGCGUACCAUGACUCUGCUCUAGGCCUAAGUAAAAAGAUGAAUGGCACUCAAGCCCCCGGGGAGAAAGCAGACUGGGAAGUCAGUUGCACAUCUCCUCCUGCUCUGACAUUUUGUAAGUUACCAAAGUUUAUUUUGGUUAAAACUUGAGGGGGUGGAAAUCUCAGGAGUCUUGUAGGAGAGGGAGGGAGGGAGGGAGAAUGAAUGAGCUAUUUUCUGGUACCUACCUGCCUAAAAUUUAAUAAUCCCCAAGGAAGGGACUAAAAUGAAAUUCAACGGCUGCCACCUGUAUUGCUUCUGGGAGGGGGAAACCUCUUUAUUUGUGUCUUCAAAGGACUAUGAUCCACUUGGAGUGGAUCAAAAAUGCCCAAUGGAUUCCAAAGGGCAUAUUCAAUUUCUUUUCAGGGAAUUGAACUGUCACGACUGUGAUUGGCAGGGUUGGAAUUCACUUACUGGAAACUAUUCUUCUUGAAAACAUUUGCUGUUAAGCUCCCUUCCUUAAAUUUAAGAAACAGCUUUAUUUUAAUGCCUAGCACUUGGCUUCAUCUAGACUGGAGAGAACCAGAACUAUUUACAAAAAUUAAAUACCACAGACCCAUCUGUGGGAAGUGUGCGUGCAAACCCCCGCCCAGAUCUGCCCUACUGGGGUUACACUGAUCACAUAUCAAUCUAUUGCUAGGGUCACACGUGCACUUUUAUAAAAGAGGCCAUGUCCCCUA